AUGGCGACCGCGACAAUGACCGCGCAGGCGCCUGCCGGGACGCUGAACAAGAAGAAGGCGGCCGAUAUGAUCCCAGAGAGCGAGCGCUUCCUGCGCUGCUGCGCUGACCUCGCCAACGCCCUCAUCGAAGACCACGAGGCCCAGAAGAAUGGCCAGCCCAGCAAGGACGUCAACCUGAAUACGAUCCGUGGCAAGAUGGCCAAGAAGCACAAGCUCAAGUCCGUGCCGCCCCUCACCGCCAUCAUCGCCGCCAUCCCCGAGCACUACAAGAAGUACAUCCUGCCCAAGCUGAUCGCCAAACCGAUCCGCACGAGCUCAGGCAUCGCGGUCGUGGCGGUCAUGUGCAAGCCGCAUCGCUGUCCGCACAUUGCCUACACGGGCAACAUCUGUGUCUACUGCCCCGGCGGGCCAGAUUCGGAUUUCGAGUACAGCACGCAGUCCUACACCGGAUACGAGCCCACCUCCAUGCGAGCGAUUCGCGCGCGAUACGACCCCUUUGAGCAGGCGCGUGGACGGGUGGACCAGUUGAAGAGCCUGGGACACUCGGUCGACAAGGUGGAAUACAUUCUCAUGGGCGGCACAUUCAUGUCACUGUCCGAAUCCUAUCGCGAGGACUUCAUCGCGCAGCUGCACAAUGCGCUGAGCGGAUACCAGACGUCCAACGUGGACGAGGCGGUGGAGGCGGGCGAGAUGAGUAACAUCAAGUGCGUAGGCAUCACGAUUGAGACACGGCCGGAUUACUGUCUGCAGCCGCACCUGACAGACAUGCUGCGGUACGGGUGCACGAGGUUGGAAGUCGGCGUGCAAAGUCUGUACGAGGAUGUAGCAAGGGAUUCCAACAGAGGGCACACCGUGGCCGCGGUAGCAGAGACCUUUUGCCUGGCCAAGGAUGCUGGAUUCAAGGUCGUCAGCCACAUGAUGCCUGACUUGCCCAACGUGGGCAUGGAACGCGACAUGGACCAGUUCAGGGAGUACUUUGAGAAUCCCGCUUUCCGAACCGAUGGUCUCAAGAUCUACCCCACGCUGGUCAUCCGUGGCACGGGACUCUACGAGUUGUGGCGCACAGGGCGGUACCAAAACUACACACCCAACGGACUCAUCGACCUCGUGGCGAGGAUACUGGCCCUCAUCCCGCCGUGGACCCGAAUCUACCGUGUCCAGCGUGAUAUCCCCAUGCCACUCGUCUCCUCCGGCGUGGAGAACGGCAACCUGCGCGAGCUGGCGCUGGCGCGUAUGAAGGACUUUGGCACCUCGUGUCGCGACGUGCGCACGCGCGAGGUCGGCGUCAACGAGGUCAAGAACAAGAUUCGCCCCAACCAGAUUGAGCUCGUGCGUCGCGACUACACGGCCAACGGCGGCUGGGAGACAUUCCUGGCCUACGAGGACCCCAAGCAGGACAUUCUGGUCGCGCUGCUGCGUCUGCGCAAGUGCACCGAAAAGUACACCUACCGCGAGGAGCUGACAGGCCAGCCCACGAGCAUGGUGCGCGAGCUCCACGUGUACGGCACCGCCGUGCCCGUGCACGCGCGCGACCCCCGCAAGUUCCAGCACCAGGGCUUCGGCACGCUGCUCAUGGAGGAGGCCGAGCGGAUCGCGCGGGACGAGCACGGCAGCGACAAGCUCAGCGUCAUCUCGGGCGUUGGUGUGCGGAGCUACUACCGCAAGCUGGGCUUCUGGCUCGAUGGGCCGUACAUGAGCAAGUGGCUCGACGGGCGGCCGCAGCCGGAGGAGUAUUGA